AUGUCUCCAGGCUCGAUACCAUAUCUCAAGCCAUUAGCACCUCUGAUUAACGAAAAGCCUGCCAAUUAUCUGCGAUUGCCCCGGGAAUUGCGAGAUCAAGUGUACACCUCCCUGCUGUCAACAAAGUAUACAACAAACAUGAGUAUCAGCAGCGGCGCUCUGCUACUUGAGCCAUUCCGUCGGCUGCACAGCACGAAUAAUCUGCAGAUCAUAGGAUCGAUUCCCGAAAAAGACAAAGCCGAAGUGAUUGCCGACACCAGCAGAAAUCUGCCAAAGAACCAAGAGCCCUUUGACCAUGUGUUCACCUGCUUUAAGGAAGCUAUCAGCAAAAAUGACUGCGGAGACUUUGCCACGUCCAUCUCGGAACUUGGAAACGCGCUCAACGAGCUGGAUGAUGCUAUAAGCCUGUACAGAGGAGAUGUCGAAACGGAGAUCAUGGCGGGGCCGUACGCCAGAUGCACCAUCUGGAACGCAUACGAGCAUAUCGAAUUUAGCGAGAAGAAGCUGGGCCAAAAAGACGUUCACACUGCCGACCAAUGA